ACCGUCCCUGUUCUCCGCUUCUUGCGCAGGUAUCCGACUCUGUUUCACGAGUUCCCGCAUGCUCGUUACGCGAGCUUACCAUGUUUCAAGCUAACGGACACAGCACUAAUGCUUCACUCACAGGAAGAGAUUAUUCAUCAAAGCCACGAGGCUGAUACAGUGGAGAGACUAUGUAGAGUUUUGAUGAUGACGAGAACAAAAACUGUCUCUCUCAGAUCACUACAUUCUCUCAAGUUCGAUCUUGGUUUACCUGAUAACUACGAGAAGACGCUAGUCAUGAAAUACCCUGAUCAUUUCUGCUUCGUCAAGGCCUCUAAUGGGAGCCCGUGUCUAAAGCUUGUAAAAUGGCAUGAUGAAUUCGCAUUCUCUUCCCUGCAGAAGCGGAACGAGAGCAAUGUUGUUACCGGGGAGGAUUCUAGUUACCGUGACUUCAAAAGAGGUCAGUCCACAUUGACGUUCCCUAUGAGUUUUCCUAGAGGUUAUGGAGCGCAGAAGAAGGUCAAAGCAUGGAUGGAUGAGUUUCAAAAACUUCCUUACAUUUCUCCUUACGAUGACUCGAGUAACAUUGACCCGGAAAGCGAUCUCAUGGAGAAACGAGCUGUGGGAGUUCUGCACGAGCUCCUGAGCUUGACUAUCCACAAGAAAACCAAGAGGAACUACUUGAGGAGCAUGAGAGCGGAGCUUAAUAUUCCGCAUAAGUUCACUCGUUUGUUCACUCGAUACCCCGGGAUUUUCUACCUCUCAUUGAAGUGUAAGACAACGACUGUGAUUCUCAAAGAAGGGUAUCGUCGAGGAAAACUAGUGAAUCCGCAUCCUCUCACUCGUCUUCGUGAUAAGUUCUAUCAUGUGAUGAGAACAGGGUUUCUUUACCGGGCUAGAGGGUUAGGCAUGGUCUCUCAAGAGGAACUUUUGCUUGAUAAGCCAGAGGAUGACCUUGCGGAAGAAGGCUCUGAAGAAGAAGAGAUUGUGGAAGGAAGCGAGCUUGAAGAAGAUUCCGAAGUUGAAUAGCAACAGUUGUUUUGUUGUUCACACAGAGGGCCAAUUUAACUGCAUUUGAUCUCUUAUGUAAUGGAACGGAGUUUGAAUUAUGUAAGCAUAAUAAAGUCCAUAAAAGGAUAUAAAGAGAGAUUGUAUUUCCACCAAGAAAGAUUGUCAAACAACAAAAGGGAAA